GGCUUCUCGCGCGUGCUCGCGCUGUCGCGGCCCGAGUGGCCCGCGAUGGGCGGCGCGACGGUCGCGCUGCUCCUCGCCGUUUUGGCGCAAGCGCUGCUCCCCGUGCUCUUCGGGCGCAUGGUCGACGCCGUCGGGUCCGACGCGCCCCACGCGGCGCGCCAGAAGCGCUUCACGGCGGCCUGCGUCGAGCUCGGCGGCAUCGUCGCCGCGUCGCUCGUGUUCACGGCCGCGCGGUCGUACGUCUUCAACGCGUCGGGCCAGAAGGUCGUCGCGCGGCUCCGGGGGAAGCUGUUCGGGGCCAUGCUCGCGCAGGACGUCGCCUGGUUCGACGACCGCCGCGUCGGCGACCUGUUGAACCGGCUCUCGAGCGACACGACGAAGCUCCAGGCCGCGGCGACGGAGACCGUGUCGCUCGCGCUCCGGUCCGCCUUGUCGGCGGUCGUGAGCCUCGGCCUGCUCUUCCUCACGUCCUGGCGCCUCACGCUCGUCGCGCUGUCCGUCGUGCCCUUCAUGACCAUGGUGACCAUGGUCUGCGUGUCCGUGAUCAAGAGGCUCGCGACGCGGUACCAGGCCGCGCUCGCGGACGCGGGCGCCGUCGCGCAGGAGGUGCUCUCGAAUUUGAGAGUCGUCCGGUCCUUCGGCGCCGAGGACUACGAGGUGGCGCGCUACCGCCGCGCCGUGGGCGACCCGGACGCGCGCGGCGGCGCCGAGAAGCCCGCGGCGCUCGGCGUGGGCCUCGAGCAGGCCGCGGUCCAGGCGCUCUUCAUCACGAUGACGGCGGCGUUCGGCUACGCGUCGGUGCUGGGCGUCUGGUACUACGGCGGCCUCCUCGUCAUUCGCGGCGAUAUGACGACGGGCGAGCUCGUCGCUUUUGUGAUGCUGCUGCUGGCCAUCACGACGUCGCUGAGCGUGCUCGCGCAGACGGGCGCGGGCGUCAUGGAGGCCUUGGGCGCGUCCGUCGAGGUCUUCGCCAUCAUCGACCACCCGUCGGGCAUCCCGAACCGCACGGGCGCUUCGCCGACGCGGGCCGUCGCCGCGGCGCUCGCGAGCGACGACGCGGCGUCCUGCGAGUUCCGGGACGUCGUCUUCGCGUACGCGGCGCGGCCCGGCGUCGAGGUGCUCCGCGGCGCGUCGCUCGUCGUGCCCGCGCGGACGCGCGCGGCCUUCGUGGGCGCGUCGGGGGGCGGGAAGACGACGCUGUUGCAUUUGCUGGCGCGGUUCUACGACGUGUCCGGCGGCUCGGUGCGCUUCGACGGCGUCGACGUGGCCGACUUCGAGCCCGCGGAGCUCCGCGUGAAGCUCGCCCUGGUCGCCCAGGUGCCCGCGCUCUUCUCCGGGUCCAUCGCGGACAACGUCGCCUACUCGGCGCUCGUCCGGGGCGCGCCGAGGCCGGACAUGGACGCCGUCGUCGCGGCCGCCAAGGCCGCGAACGCGCACGUUUUCACGCAAGCGUUCCCGGACGGCUACGACUCGCUCGUCGGCGAGCGCGGCGUCCGGCUCUCGGGCGGCCAGACGCAGCGCGUCUGCAUCGCGCGCGCGCUCCUCGCGAAGCCGCGGAUCUUGUUGUUCGACGAGGCGACGUCGGCCCUGGACGCGGAGUCCGAGGCCGUCGUCCAGGCGGCCAUCGACGAGCUCUGCGUCGGGCGCACGUCCCUCACCGUGGCCCACCGCCUGUCGACCAUCGUCCACUCCGACGUCAUCGCGCUCGUCGCGAACGGCGUCGUGCUCCGGGCCGGCGCGCACGACGCGCUCCUUCAGGAGUGUUCGGAGUACGCGGACCUCGUCCGCAAGCAGCUC